AUGGCAUUUACCCUUUACUCCCUCAUUCAAGCAGCAAUUUUGUGCGUGAAUGCGGUGGCUGUACUACACGAAGAGCGGUUUUUGAGUAGAAUUGGAUGGGGAGUGGACCAGGGCGUUGGUGGCUUCGGCGAUGAACCAGGCAUCAAAGUUCAGCUGAUGAACCUGAUUCGUUCUGUGCGAACCGUCAUGAGAGUGCCUUUGAUCGCAGUGAAUUCCGUGUGUAUCGUUUUGUUGCUGCUAUUUGGAUAA